UGUCAACAAGUUGUCUUUGCUACGCCGAGUCCAGCAGCACCAGCCGAGCUCAAGGGCCACCCGAGAAAGACGAUUUCUUUGGGCGACAUGGGUCAGUCCUUCUCGCAGCAGAGUGCUCCAAGCGAAGCAUCGCAGACUGCUGAAAGCAGUCUCGUUUCUGAUGCUGGGUUUGCUCUCACUGCCACCAAGGUCAGCUUGACGAUGCACAAUCCCAUCGCUUUGGCUGCAUGCGGUGGCUUUGUUUAUGGACGGCACCUAGCCCAGGGAGAUGUUCCUGAUCCAUUGGGAGCUGCGCAAAAGUUUGACUGGUUGUAUCAGCAAGCUCUGGCUGCAGAGGAUGCGGGCUGGCUCAAAAGGUCUUCCAUGUGUGGAAUUCCCGUUCUUGCUGUGCCUGCGCUGUCCAGCUUGUUGGGUUUGCGGUCCGAACAACAGCAACCAGAACCCCAUCCUGAAUGUGAAACAAGUCUACGAAAGCAGGGUGGAGGGCACAACUGUCCGCAUUCACAAGACGCAAGUGCCAGCAUUUCUUUUGGACAAUGGAAUUCCAGUCAUGGACUCAUCCGAAUUGGAGCAGCACCUGGCACAGGAGCUUCCGAAGAUGCUCCCAGUCAAACAUUGUCAAUGCAUUGGCAGUUACAGCAUCAAAGGUAAGACACGAUCGGCUACUCUGAGCGAGACUAGCUUGGCGGGUUUGGAGCCAGGCGAUAUCAGAUUUCGCAUCAAAAUUGAUCAUGACUUUGAAAAGUACACAGCGGACCCUCAGAAGUACGAGGACGACUUGAAGUGUGUCAUUCUGAAGUCUCUGGGUUUGGAUGCAAAAAAGAUUCCGGGCACAAAGCGGCACAUCAAGAUUGAGCAGGUGACAGAAGGCAGUGUGAUCGUGGGCAUUGUCAUCGGAAUCCCAGUUCUUGCAGCUGCAGCCUUUGUAGGCUACAUGGUCUACAGACGUUCUAAGAAGCUUGUCGAGGGGUCUUUUCCUCAGAGGCCUGCCCCUUCCAGGAGCAGAAGGACUCCCGGAGCCCACCCCCAGGGAUUGACAGUCCUGCAGCCAGCUCCCGCACGGACAUUGUCUCCAGCAUUGCAGCUCAUUCAACGUGAGGUUUCAAGCAUGUCUUUGCAAAGCAGCGGCAGCAACAACAACAGCAGCGGUGAUGACUGGGAAGUUGUGGUUCACGUGUCACCGACACCCGCAUGCUACUUGCGCGACACAUUGUUUCAGACGGAGUUCGAGCAAUACAUCAAGGCAAAGAAUCUACGGGUAGAUUCUGAAGUUCUCGGCAUCUCAGGGCAAAAGCUGCGGGUGAUGUCAAAGGUGGAGCACGGCCGUGCGAUGCGUGAGCUCGUGACCCUACACACAGCACAAGCCGUGCUGAGCAUCACUGCAGAUCAUCGAGUGGCAGUGAAGGUUGAAGGUAGUUCAUUUCCAAAGGAGGCUGAAGCUGGGCAGCUGAGAAGAGACAUGCAUGUCUUUUGUGGCUGCCGGCCGCAGAAGCUCACCAAAGUGGUGAGGUGGCAAAGCCAGGUGGAGGUGGUGGAGUUGAAGUUCUUCCCAGACUAUCCCAUUGAGACCUUCGAAGCACCCCGCUGGGGCCUCGGGACCUACGGCCAGCGCCACCAUGCCGCCAUCCAGGCACGCAGUCCCUUCGGCCCCUUGGUGGUGGAUGAGGUGGAGCCGCCAACCAUGCCAAGGAGCCAGACGGCGUAGCGAAGUGAGGCUCAUAGGGUUUGGAAAUGGGAAGCGCCUGAACUAGC